AUGGUUUAAGAACAAAGAGCCAAACUCUUUCUUGCAACCGAAAGUGCGCGCAAUCCUCGACACGACAGAACCAACCAUAAUCCUCACGAAAACAAAGGAAUGGCUUUCAGAAUCGCAGCAGCAGCAGCAACAGCUUCUGCUUCUUCAUCACGUAUUGCUGCAAGGUGGUCUCAUAACCCACCACCAUUCUUUUCACUCCCACACCACAACCUUCCUCUGCCACUUCCUAUUCGCAAACUCGGGUCUCAGUGCCACAUUCGAGCUAUUAGCGAGGCAGCUGCUGUGGAGCCUGCAAUUUCUAAGAAAGAAGGAGAUGGAAGAGAUUGGAAGAUCAAGAUACUUUACGAUGGAGAUUGCCCCCUCUGUAUGCGCGAGGUGAAUAUGCUAAGGGAGAGGAAUAAGAGUUAUGGCACUAUCAAAUUUGUUGAUAUAGGCUCGGAUGAUUACUCUCCAGAGGAGAAUCAGGGUCUCGACUAUGAAACUGCUAUGGGAAGAAUUCAUGCUGUCCUCUCAGAUGGAACUGUGGUUACAGAUGUAGAAGCAUUCAGGAGAUUAUAUGAACAAGUUGGUCUAGGUUGGGUUUAUGCCAUUACAAAAUAUGAACCUAUUGCCAAAAUUGCUGAUUCCGUCUAUGGUGUUUGGGCUAAAUACCGUCUUCAAGUUACAGGACGGCCUUCGAUUGAAGAAAUAUUAGAAGCUCGAAAGAAGAAGGGUGAAGUAUGCAAAAACAGCAAUGCUUGCAAGAUGUAAGCUUACUGUGGUGAAAACUUCAAAAGGCUUGUUGCAUGAUUUGUUACCAAGUUUGGUCUUCAUCCUCUGAAGCAGAUCUUUAUAUGACCUUAUAUACAAAAAGCAGCCAAUAUAGAUUGGUGUCGCAGCAUAUAAUGUCUUCCUCAGCAUAUGCAUUUGAUGUAGCAUAAGAAAUGAUCUAGGAUAGGAAAAUGGGAGUGUAUAUAAAAUGUAUUGUAAGUCAUUUUAUGUCUUAUAUUCUCCAUUAAGUCUUAGCAGAUUCUUUAGCAUGAUAUAUAUUACAUAAGUUGAAUGACACCAAUUCCUCUGCAUAUCAAUUUCUAUGCAUUGGUACUCACCACAACUGAGACAGUGGUGGCAUCUUAAAAGUUUAUUUUGCAUAUACAUAAUCAUAGAAAGUUGACACAUUCA